CAACUAUCAGAUCUUCCGGGCGUGUCUUGCUCAUUUAAAUCGGCAAAUACCGGCUUCGGUAGCCCACAUUAAAGUCAAGCUCUCUGCCUAAAUGCAGUGCCAUCAUGACUAAGGUGUGACGUCGUCUCACGCCACCUAUCAUCUACUCCACCCCCGCUAUACAAAUGCUGCCACCUUUGCCGCAUAUACAUGAACUACCACCUACUUGGCGAUUGAAUGUGACAAAGCCGCACAAUAAUAUCAUUUCCUCCCGCUUUGCUUCUUUUUACCGAUCUCGACUCGUUCUGACGGCCUGCUGAACGCAUAAAUCAUCCAGCAUCGAUCUUCAGACUACGCCCAUCGUUUGUUCAAUAGACACUCUGUCGACAUACCUCCGACGUCCUACUUCUGACCAUGCGCGACAAUGGUGACAUAUCGUCUGGUGCUCCCCCUAAUUCAGAGAAAUCUACAGUCUCCCAGAAUCAUAAACGUGGUAUAUCAGAAUAUCUGCACCUCCCCCGUUCACCACCACCUCCAUCUCGUAGGUUGUCCUUUUCGAAGCGACGCACGUCUUUCCAUUCGCCUCGAGAGAUUCCCCUACCAUCCUCCCCGUUGACGUGCUCUUCUCAGCUAGCCAGCUAUCCAUUCCCCAAUACGGCUUCCAACACAAUAUCACAUUCACUUAGCUCGAAAGGUGACGACUUCACAGGAUUGGAUCAUAGUUCUACCGGGUCGCUUCAUUUGUCAGCAUCAAGACCGUUGCCAUCUAUCCCAUAUACGCCACCCAGAAUCUCGAGCCCUGACUCAUCGCUGGACAUGAAGACCUCAGAUUCUCCGGGCAGCAAGCAACCCGAUACUCCUCAUCCUUCCUCAGCAACUAAUCACCACCAGUUCUCGCCACAUGGUAUGGAAUCUCAAUCUACAGCGGCGCCUAUCUUCCCAUUCUCACGACCAUACUCGUCACCUGACGGUCAUUUGUCUAUGCAACCUACCAAUUGUCACGAUGUUAGUUCCACAAUGGGGUUGCCACAAACGCCUUACAAUCUUCUGCCCCGAAUGGAUGGUCCGGUAGCUGUCGCUUCGCCCUCCCCCGGUGACAGCCAGUCACCGUCAGAGGUAUCCGAGCAAACGCUGCCCUUGCGUCCGCAAACCAAUGCAGUUCCCAAUGAUCUGCAAAUUCAACGCCUUCCUCUGUCCAAUGUACCCCGUUUCUCGCAGGCAGGUUGGCCAUGUGCACCUAUCCCAUUGUCGCCUUCUCCGCCUGAGGACCAAAUGCAACCGCCUGCAUCAUCUUCUAAUGAAGGCUUGUAUCCUGCUCCCGAGGCACCAGUGAUUUUGACACCGCCGACACAAGCUGAACGCUGCGGGGAAGAUGCCACUAAACGUGCUCCGUACGACUCGUUUCUUUGUCAUGGCCCUCCCCCAGAUACUUGGAUAGUCGUAGAGACUUCGUCGUCGGAGUAUCGGCUGGUCGUGCGACUCCCUGGCUUCAGAAGGGAUGCCAUUACGAUCGCUACCCGCAGGAGCCGCAUACUUCACGUCGUUGCUGAUUCAUGGGAGCCUGAAGGCGGGCACUUUGAACGUCGCGUAUUAUUCGGAUAUGACGCUGAUCUGGCGCAAGUGCGCGCCGAAUUUGACGGGCAGAUCCUUCGUAUCAUCGUUCCUCGGCGUAUUCCGGCAGUUUCCUGGUAUAACCAUCAGUAAAUUAUAUUGUGAUCGAGCAUUAAUAUCAUCGUAUAACUUGCCCAUCCGUGACUUUAUCGCGCCGUAUAUCUUCAUCUAGCAUGGCAUUUCUUUGGAUCCAUCCACCGAAGAUAUGUUCACUUCCGUUUCUACUUCCACCUGUACAAUAUAGUACUCAUCCAUUUUCUCUUGUUGAUAUUUAUUUUCUUAACCUUGAUGCCAACAUUGCCAAGGAAGUCAACUUAACAUGAUAGGCUCUAAGCAUUAGCUAUCUUUCUACCACAUCUUCAUUUACUUAUUUACUCACCACUUCAUCCCUACUGCAUGUUCCAGGUCCCCUAGUCGAAUGUCUAGUCUCGUCACCAGCCGCC